GGCGGGAGUGACGGCGGAGGCAGCCCGGGGAAGGCAGCGAGGGCUGCCCCGCCGCUCGGGCACAGCGGAGCCUGCGCCCCGCGGACAGAAGUUUGCUGCUGAAAGAGGAGGGAAAAAUUAAAAAAAAAAAUUUAUAAAUCAUUAUUAAGAAUAAAAUAAUAAAAAAACAAGGAAGACACCCCCCCCCCCCUCCGCAGCUGCCCCGGAGGGAUGCGGCGAAGAGCGGCCGGCGGGAGCCCGCGCUGCCCGGCCCGGCUGCGGGCAUGACCCGGGGCCGGAGCAGGGCUGAGCCGGCAGCGGUGUGAGCGCUCGCCCCGGGAGGGCCGGGCCGGGGCGGCGGGGACGCCUCCCGCCCUGCCCAGCCUCCGCGCAUCCUCCGGCACCGCCUGCGCGGGCCGUGCCGAGCCGUGCCGAGCCGUGCCGGGCCGGUCGGUCCGAGCCGUGCUGAGUCGGUGUGAUCCGAGCCGUGCCGAGCGGUAGGAUGAGGGGCAUCCUCUACUUCUGCACGUUGAUCCUCCUGGAAGGUAUGGCGGAAGCUGUCAGCUCGAGCAGGGACUGCCUUCAAGCAGGCGAGUCCUGUACCAACGACCCCAUCUGCAGUGCCAAAUUCAGGACCCUCCGGCAAUGCAUCGCAGGCAAUGGAGCCAACAAGCUGGGCCCCGAUGCCAAGAACCAGUGCCGGAGCACCGUGACAGCCUUGCUGUCCAGCCAGCUGUAUGGCUGCAAGUGCAAGCGAGGCAUGAAAAAGGAGAAGCACUGCUUGAGCGUCUACUGGAGCAUCCACCACACAUUGAUGGAAGGCAUGAAUGUACUGGAGAGUUCCCCUUACGAGCCAUUCAUCAGAGGCUUUGAUUACGUCCGGCUGGCAUCCAUCACCGCAGGGUCUGAAAACGAGGUGACCCAGGUCAACCGGUGCCUGGAUGCCGCCAAAGCCUGCAACGUGGAUGAGAUGUGCCAGCGGCUGCGGACAGAGUACGUCUCCUUCUGCAUCCGUCGCCUGGCCCGGGCUGACACCUGCAACCGCUCCAAGUGCCACAAGGCUCUGCGCAAGUUCUUCGACCGCGUGCCGCCGGAGUACACCCAUGAGCUGCUCUUCUGCCCUUGCGAUGACACGGCCUGUGCCGAACGCCGGCGGCAGACCAUCGUUCCUGCCUGCUCCUAUGAGUCCAAGGAGAAGCCCAAUUGCCUGGCGCCUCUGGACUCCUGCCGGGAGAACUACGUCUGCAGGUCACGCUACGCAGAGUUCCAGUUUAAUUGCCAGCCAUCCCUGCAGGCUGCGAGCGGCUGCCGGAGGGACAGCUAUGCUGCCUGUCUGCUGGCGUAUACAGGGAUCAUAGGCAGCCCCAUCACACCCAACUACAUUGACAACUCAACUUCCAACAUAGCUCCCUGGUGCACGUGCAACGCCAGCGGCAACCGGCAGGAAGAGUGUGAGAGCUUUCUGCAUCUCUUCACCGACAAUAUCUGUCUCCAAAAUGCCAUUCUGGCCUUUGGCAAUGGGACCUACCUGAAUGCAGCUGUGGCCCCAUCUAUCCCCCCCACCACACAGAUGUACAAGCAGGAGCAAAAUGCCAACAGAGCCGUGGCAACCCUCAGAGAGAACAUCUUCGAGCAUCUGCAGCCCACCAAGGUGGCUGGAGAGGAGAGACUUCUGCGGGGCUCAACUCGUCUGUCAUCAGGGACCUCCAGCCCGGCAGCUCCUUCCCGCUGGGCAGCCUCUCCACUGCAGAUGUGGUUUCUCCUUGCUCUUGCUGUGCUGAGCCUCUCCGUGAUGUGAAGCUGGAUGGGCACACACCAGGCAGAGACUGUCUUUGUGUUGGUUUCUUUACAAAACAACCAGACAAGUAACUUUUUCGGGGGGAUGGGGGGAGGAGGGAGGGGAUGGGAAGGAGAGGUGAGCGUGUGGGCAUCCUUCCUCCUCCUCAUCUGUCUGCCAAUUUAUUUGAUUUUAUACAAUCAAUCAACAUUGUCGACAAACAGCUCAUUCUUGGUCCUGGCCACCUUUCCACCCCACAGCUUGGCUGUUGUCUCUCCAGCUCUCUGCAGAUGGGGUUGGAGACAUGGACAAUUCCCUUGGAAAAGGUGAAGGAGAGAGUCAAGCCAAGAAAUGAGAGCUGCAAAGGAAAUGCUUUUGCCUGCCCCAGCCAAGAGGGGAAAGACUUUUGAUGGAUGAGCUGUCAGGAAGUUUCCUGAAGCCCUGACUCACGUUGGGGGGGGCUCUUGACUAGACAUGUCAAACGAUGUGGAGUUCAGGCUGUCUCCAGGGUUGCUGAGGACCCAAAGGGCAGCCCACCUGGUUCACUGAAGAAACCAGAGCACCGGUGAGAAGGUGGUCAGUUUUGUUCACUGGAGAGGAUCCUGAAGCACCUCUAAGGUUGACCAAGUAACCGCACUACGAACUGGCUCGCAGGGAUUAUCCACCCAUUUGAAACUCUGGCCAGUGUGCAACCAGCGUGCAUCUUGAAGCUGUCACCUACCCCUUGGGCCCUCCUUUUUAGAGAAACAUGUGUCAUGCAUUGAUGGUGUUUGGGAAGAAACACGUCUGUUGUGAUUUGUUUACAGCUGGCUUCGUGUCCCAACCCUAUAAUCUCUAUUCACUGGCCCUGUAAAGUGUUUGGAGUAGGUAUAUUUUUUUUUUUUGUUGCGUCCAAACAACCAGAGGCCAAUGUUGUACCACUCCGAGCUAACCUUUUUCCCUGUGGGAUGAACAUGUGAGCCCACAGGCAGGACUCGAUGCCAGCCCAAUGCAACCUAUUCCCACGUGCUACCUGUGCAUCUGCUGGUCUCACAGAGAAGGAGAGGGUCUUCAGUCAGGGGGGGUUCAUUAGUUAUGCAAAGAAGAGAUAGGAUAGAAAAGGUUUGCUAGAUACCACCCUGGGAACAUAAAUAUCCAGCCAAUUUUUGGAAAGGCCAAGUCAUGAAUUAUGUCAUAGGUAGGGAGUGGAUUGCUAAGGUUCCCCUCCUUGAAGAGCUGGUGGAGGCAAUUGCUUGUGUCUGGGUUAGGAUGUGAAAGAUGUUGCCUCCUGCCAAGGUCUAAUUACUCAGCUGAGGGGUGGCUUAAGCAAAGGCAGGUGAAGUGACCCACUCGACUGAGCUGCAGCCAGAGCCCAGCUGGAGGGUGAGGACAAAUGUCUGGUCUCUUGGGGCACAGGCAGGCAGGUGUAUGACCUUCGGCUACCUGGGCAUUCAGGGGUCUUCCCUUGAGGAGGUGAGCUGAGGACUCCCAGCGCCUUCUUGGGGGGGGGGGCUGAACACCUUGUUAGAUGAAGCCAAGAAAGAAGAUGGUAAGGAAGGGGGAGAAGGUUUCCCAGGAUAAAAGCUUAGGCACAGGAAUACCUCCAGAUUCUCCCUCAGUAUUUAGGCCUGUGCUUUGUAGCAGCCCAUUUAUUCCUUGGUGUGUGCUCCUUCGAGGAACAUUGUUAGUUCUUUAGCAUUUGGAUGCGUAGAAAGGCUUGGCAGCAGCUGACACAGCAAACUCCAGUGCUUUGCAUUCACAUUCCCUGCAGAACACCUUCCGUUGCUUUUUUUGCUUAAAUUUGCUGAGAAACUGCAGCAACUUUCUUGGGUUUUGGUCCAAUAUGAAACCACUCUGUUUUUCAAAUGUACACCUGUGGAUGUGUAAGACAUGCUCAGAAAUCCUCCUGGCUGCAUCCUAUCCAAAGUUCUGCUCCUCGAGAUCCUUGGGACUGCAGCACCUGGUUGUCCUAAUCCAGGGCCGUGCAAAGGACCAUGCCAAGACCAGAGUCUUGUGUUCAAGGGGCCAGGUCACACUCCGAACCGAAACUCGCAUGUAAAAUCUUCACUGCCAGGAGGCUCACCCAGAUCAGAAAAGCAGGCAGGGAGGUAGUGCUACAGGCAGGAAAGUCCCUCACCUCCAUUCAAAGUGUCGUAGCCGCGCACUGAGAUGCUGUGAACAUCUCCCCAUUAUGCAGGACAUCGGUGACCUCUGAGAGACUGUGGAGCCAUCUGUGCUCCAAGUGACACAACUACUCUGCAAAACUUGUGUCCUUGAGCCACAGGUGAAAAAGGGAUUAAACCCUGACGCUCAGCCCUUCAAAGGCAAGGAAUUACCUCAACGUCAUGAGGUCAUGCUGUGAAUUGCCUUCUGCUGCUGCUUUCAAGUCCUGUAGUCACGCUCUGUUCUUCUACACAUCUGGCCCCAGCAAGCCAGGUCUCCACCAGCCUUUAAUCUUGCACAGGCUAAGCCUCUGCCUAGGAUGGGCUUGAAAGUGGCAGCUGCUUUCCAGGAGUACCUGCUCCUGCAGCCUCUCAUGGCUCCACUCCUGUGUGUCUUAUAACUCACUGGUGGUGGUGUUGAAAUGCCACUUUUUGAUGUUUCCUUCUCUGACUGACAGACAGCAGAGAUGAUAGACUUUUUCUAGGUGGUCAGAUGUGGAGGUGUGGAGGAUCCUACUCAUAGACUACCAGAGAUGGAGGAGACCUCCAGAGGUUACCUAGUCCAUUAACAUGUCCCACAGCAGGACCAAUGGUCUGUUCAUACUUGCUGGAAAAAUUUAUCUUAAAUGGUUUCUAACAAUUCCAAUGAGAGACAUCAUCAUCUCCAUUGGGUUUAUACAGUGCUUUAAAGACUCCUUAGGAUGUUAGUUGUCCCUAAGCAUCACAGGCCAACAAGACCCUCAAUUCCCAUUGUGAUGUCUUCUCAAGUCUUCAGUUUUGGGAGGAUGGCAGACCAACAGCUAAAAGUGCCCUGAGGCUACGGAAGGUGACAGCCAACUACCAUGGGUCAUAUCACAGAGGCAUUGCAUGAGAAGGUCAAAAACAUGGCAAUGAUCUGCUGGGAUCCCUGAAAACAUUGCAGUGAGUUAGUGUAAACGGGCGCCUGCCAGAGGGGCUUCCUCCUCAUGCCCUUGACUGAGGGACCUCAAAAGCAUCUGUGGAGUUGAGGUUUGAGGUUGCAGGUCUGAAAAUGCCCUCCCUGUCCUCAGUCUUGAUCCUGUGCUGUGAGUUUGGAAACAGCAUCCUUCGAGCACUGUCCCAGGCCAGGUUCUGCUCUCCCAGGGGUUCCCUGCGGUCUGGAUGCUUCAAAAUGAAGUGAGGAAGACACAGAGCAAUAAGCCUCUUGCCCAGCAGGGAAGGGCCAGGCGGGUGGGAUGGGCAGUCGUAUUGCACAGAAUUAAAAAAAAAAAUCAUCCAAAAACCCGUAUGAUUUUUUCUUGAUCAUUUCACCCUUUUUGCCAAUAUUUAAUGUCAAUUCUUCCUCCAAGCCUGUUCAUGAAUCAAACUUUGCAAAAAAAGGGUGGCUUUUGAGCAGUCCUUUUGGAGGCAGGAAACCCAAUUAUGUUCCUCCCCCCCACCCCACCCCAACAGCAUGCAUGCACGGGCCAUUUCUUUUCCCUUGUUAAAAGUCAGUAAUUUAUUUUUUUUCAUGAAAUUUCAUCUCUGUUGAACUGUGUGAGGUGAACCACGGAUCUUCAUUUUUAAGCCUCUUGACUAACCACCAAAGUCAUAGCAGCUGCUUGUAAAGGUGAAGGACUGAGCGAGCCAAGAGAGAGAAAGGGAGACAAUUUUUAGGAAUUACUCCAUACCUGGGGACUUUCAUAAGCACAAAGAAGAGUCAUGGGAAAAAAAAGGAAAAAAAAAAACCAAAAAAAAAGAACCAGCCCAACUUUCUGUAGCCACCGAACUCUAAUUUUUUGGCUGCUUGGCACCGUUCCCAGUGGUUUGGUAGUCCUGAGAGCCCGUGAAAUAUUGUGGACGUACAAAUACCACAUCGUCGUCAAAGCAAGAGCGUGAGCAGGGAGGGAGGCACCGUGGCAGGGAGCGGGUGCUGGAGCAAUAACCCCUUGGGUGGCAGGGUGAUGCUAAAGUCUGCGUGUGUGCACGCGUGCACAUGGGGGAGGAUGGUCGAUAUCUGCCUAUGCUACUGGGGUAUAACCUGUACUUAUCUCUUCUGUACAUGUCAAUAUUCAAACAUAUCCAUGAAUAAAGCACACAUGCA